AGUGGCAGCCCUCAGCCUGGGCGCAGACUACUGGCAGUUUCUCCAUCCAUCCACAGGCUUCAGAGCCAGCAGCAAAGCCCGCUCGCAGCACCACCAUGCAGCAGAAAGCAGAAUCGCUCCUUCUGUGUUACCUGCUCUUCACCUACAGCGGGGUCGACGCAGGAAAGAGAAGUCACUCAGACGACAGUGACACAGGAAGCUGGGGCGCCUGGCCCUACGUGAUCGGAGGAGGCCUCCUGGUCGCCGGGCUGCCGGUGGCGCUGGGCUUCACCUCCACCGGCAUCGUCGCGGGCUCCGUGGCCUCCUGGAUGAUGAGCACGUCCGCGGUGGUGAACGGCGGCGGCGUGCCUGCCGGGGGCGUGGUGGCCGUGCUCCAGAGCCUCGGGGCUACGGGGGGCAGUACCGUCCUGGGCAACAUUGGUGCUUCUCUGGGUUAUGGAGUCUAUAAGGCCGUCAGCAGCGGGGAUGAGGAGCGGGAGCAGGAGGAGGAGGAGGAGUAACCCAACAGCUGAGAAACAGCCCCCUUCACGCUCCUCAAUGAUCUAGCUGAGGAAACAAAAUAAAUCUCUCUCAGAAAACA